GACAGUCAGCGACGGACCACUUUUAAACGGAGAUAAAGGACGAGGAGAACUGGGCUUUUUCCUCCUCUUCUUCUUGUGCAUCCUCCUCACUUCUUCUCCUCGGGGGUGUCGCCGUCGUCCCUUUAGCAUCCUGACGCUAGCUUAAGGAAGAAAAGCAGACUGUAAAAGUAGGACGGCGCGGGCGAGGAUUUACCGCUUUCGCGGGUGAGUCUGCGCGGGAAAAAAUGGGUCCCGGAAUGGAAGCGGCCGACAUCGCGGUGGUGGCGCUGUACUUUGUUCUGGUGCUGGCCAUCGGCUUUUUGGCCAUGUGGAAAGCCAACCGCGGCACGGUGAGCGGCUACUUCCUGGCCGGCCGCUCCAUGACCUGGGCGGUGGUCGGCGCCUCGCUCUUCGUCAGCAACAUCGGCAGCGAGCACUUCAUCGGGCUGGCCGGCUCGGGCGCGGCCAGCGGUUUCGCCGUGGGCGCCUGGGAGUUCAACGCCCUGCUGCUGCUGCAGCUCCUGGGCUGGGUCUUCAUCCCCGUCUACAUCCACUCGGGCGUCUUCACCAUGCCCGAGUACCUGGCCAAGCGCUUCGGCGGCGAGCGCCUGAAGGUCUACUUCGCCUUCCUGUCGGUGCUGCUCUACGUCUUCACCAAGCUGUCGGUGGACCUCUACGCCGGCGCGCUCUUCAUCCAGGAGUCGCUGGGCUGGAACCUCUACCUGUCCAUCGUCCUGCUCAUCGCCAUGACCGCCUUGCUCACCAUCACCGGCGGCCUGGUGGCCGUCCUCUACACGGACGCGCUUCAGGCCGUGCUGAUGAUCGGCGGGGCCUUGACGCUGACCGUCAUCAGCCUGCUCAAAGUGGGCGGCCUGGAAGGCGUCAAGACCAAGUACAUGCAGGCCGUCCCCAACGUGACCGCCAUCCUGGCCGCCGGCAACUACACUUACUCGCCCUCGUGCCGCAUCCACCCCAAAGCCGACUCGCUGCGCAUCCUCCGCGGCCCCCUGGACGAGGACAUCCCCUGGCCGGGCUUCGUCCUGGGCCAGACCACCGCCUCCAUCUGGUACUGGUGCGCCGACCAGGUGAUCGUGCAGCGGGUUCUGGCCGCCAAGAACAUCGCUCACGCCAAGGGCUCCACGCUGAUGGCGGGGAUCCUGAAGAUCUUACCAAUGUUCGUCAUCGUCAUCCCGGGCAUGAUCUCCCGCAUCCUCUUCGCCGACGAAAUCGCCUGCAUCGGGCCCGAGCACUGCCUGGACGUGUGCGGCUCGCGGGCCGGCUGCUCCAACAUCGCCUACCCGCGCCUGGUCAUGGCCGUCAUGCCGGUGGGACUGCGCGGCCUGAUGAUGGCGGUGAUGAUCGCCGCCCUGAUGAGCGACCUGGACUCCAUCUUCAACAGCGCCAGCACCAUCUUCACGCUGGACAUCUACCGCACCUUCCGCAAGAAGGCGUCCCAGCGCGAGCUACUGGUGGUGGGCCGCCUCUUCGUGGUAGUCAUGGUGGCCGUCAGCAUCGCCUGGGUUCCCGUCAUCAUCGAGAUGCAGGGGGGACAGACCUACCUGUACAUCCAGGAGGUGGCCGGCUACCUGACGCCGCCCGUGGCCGCCCUCUUCCUAUUGGGGGUCUUCUGGAAGCGCUGCAACGAGACGGGGGCCUUUUGGGGAGGCGUGACCGGUUUCGUCCUGGGUUCGGCGCGGCUGGUCCUGGCUUUCGCCUACCGCCGACCCCGCUGCGACCAGCCCGACGACCGGCCCGCUUUCCUGGUAAACAUCCACUACAUGUACGUGGCGGCCGCCCUCUUCUGGAUCUCCGGGGGCGUGGCGGUGGCGGUCAGCCUGCUGACGCCCCCGCCCGACGAGGAGCAGAUCCGCACCACCACCGUGUGGGGCCUACGCUUUGUGGAGAAGCUGCCCGAGAAGCAAAAAGAGCGCGAGCAGACGUACGGGCUGACCGAGAAGGGCCGCGCCGAGCCCGGGAAGGAGCGCUGCCCGGACGGCGCCGACCUCAAGCUGCUGGUCCCGCCCGGCGAGCCGGGGAGCCCCGGCAGUGAGCCGUCCGACCCCGCCGAGCGCUACGGGCGGGCGGACGACGAGCGGCACCAGGCGGGCCGCUGCGUGCGCGCGCUGGACUGGUUCUGCGGCUUCAAGGAGCCCUCGCAAGACGCGCGGCCGCCCAGGGCGCCGCGGGACGAGGCGCGGGCGGUGGCCGAGAUGCUGCACGAGCCCCCGCGGGUCAAACUCCUGCUCAAUCUGGGAUUGCUCGCCGUCUGCUCGGUGGGCGUUUUCAUGUUCGUCCUUUUCUCGCUGUAGUCCGAGGACUCCUCCUCUUCCGGGCUCCGUCUGUAAUAUUUACAGUUGUCUUUUGUAGCGCUCUAACCGGGAUCUAAGCUUACGGUAAUCAUUUUUUUUGGAAUGACGGAAGCUUCCCCAGCGACAGUACGUACUGGUUUGUAAGACUGCAGCGAGCGCUCGCCCGUCCGUCCCUUUCGUACGCCGCCUGUUUUGAAUGGAGCGAAUUUGGACUCGACGGCUGCCGCUGGCGACAAAAGACGUUCGCUGACUGCCAGGCAAAGGAAGGAUUUGUGUCUUUGUCUCCCAACGUGUUUUGAAGGAUUGUGAUGUCUUUAAUGAUUAUAGUGGGUUUUUAAAUUGUAUUUUUACCGUACAAUACUGACUUUUUUUGGAAUGUUUAUUUUUUUCACCUGAAAUGUUUUGAAGGAUGGGUAUUAAAAAAAAAAAAAAAAAUUCUUUUUGUUUGUUUGUUUGAAGGAUGACCCCCCCCCCCCCCAUUUUAUUUAAAAAAAAAGUUGUUGUUUGUUUGUUUGAAGGAUGACCCCCCCCCCCCAUUUUAUUUAAAAAAAAAAGUUGUUGGUUUUUUUUGUAAUUUUUUAAAAAUUUUUGAAUGAUUUGUUUUUCCUUUUUUUUUGAAAUCAUUGUUUUUUUCAUUAGUUUUUUAAAGUAUUGUGGAGUGGUUCACAUUUUUUUCUUAGAACAAUUUUUUUGUUUUUUUGGCAGGAUUUUUUUCCCCAUUUAAAUGAUUUUUUUUGUAAUUGUUUGAAUGAUAUGUUUUUCCAUUGUUUUAAAAUCAUUAUUGUUUUUUUUCAUUAGUUUUUUUUAAUUCAAUAUUUUUUUGUAAUGUUUUUUUUUUUUUUUUUUU